GUUCCUUGAUAUUCAAAGAAAGUAUACGUCAUUAUUAUUGCUGCUAGUAACUUGUAGUGCGCAUGGGUAAAAAAUCCCACGAUGUGCCCAUCACUGCUCUCUACCUUUAUAUCACACUGCUGAUCACACACAUACUCUUCAAGAUUCAUGCGAUUCGAGCAAGAGGUUGUUAAGUUUUUCCUUAGGCGACUGUGUUGAAAGCACUAAAUUUCGACGAUUGUUAACAAUGGACGACGUGCUCGAAUGUUGGGAGGAAAUCGAAGAGUCGGAGGUACCCAAAUUCGUUUCUCGUGCACUUGACAAGAAGUUGGAUGCCCUUCAGCUGAACGCUGUCAAAACGUUGGAGGAAAUAGAAUCCUCUAGUUUCAAAACUGGAAAUAACGGGAACAGCAGGAUGAUAAUGUUAGGAGACGAUGCGAUGAGGUCUCAGUAUGUACCACCGAAACCUACUGUAAAAAUCUUAAAAAGACCCACGAGGGAUUCGCAGGGAAGCGGGGACGGGCCUUUAGUGAACGGCGAAAAACCGAAACAGCCCAUUAAAUCUUUAAAACAGAGAGAACAGGAAUACGCGGAAGCAAGAAAGAGGAUUCUCGGCGAAGAGAAGAGCCCAGAGGAGAAGAUACUGCAAGAGAUAAGUCGGAUCCAACCGAAGUCGAUAAAUCCUAGCAACAGCGGUGUGCCCACCAACGUUCUUCGUAUGCCGAUAGGACCGGACGGUUCCCGGGGUUUCAAUGUACGCAGGUAGCGCGUCUCCAGAGAUUCGAGUCUCUUCACCCAUCCACUCUUUUCUCCUCUCCCCGCCGAUUAGGCGGGGAAGGGAAACAGCUAUGAGGCUGACGGCAGAGAACGAAAAACGAAGUAACAUUUCUGACCGAAGCGGAGUUCAACCGCUGCUCCUGCGCUCCUGGAAACAGGAUGCACCGACGUAUAGUUGCUGCUGAUACGCACUGCUACGUAUUAUCGGGAAGACCAAGGCUAUAAAUUGAUAUACUAAGUAUUUAAUAGCAGCAAGAAACGAUAAUUGCUUCUAAUCGUUGUUGAUGAUUUAUACUUUUAUUUGUUAACGCGUUGAUUGUCUUUCGAUCAUUAAAACUUUCACAAGACUGAGAAUCGUAUUCUCAUGAGAAUAAGUGACCUGUGAUGACUAUAAGAAUCGUUUCAUCAGAGAAAUGAAUCGAGUCCAAUGACUAAGUUGAACAAUCAACUGUACAGUUCCGCGCAUCAAAUUUUCCUAUUGCGUAUUUUGUCGACCACACAAGUAACGCAGAAAAUUAGCUCGACGAUCAAUGCGUUAAUCCAUUUAACUAGGGUUUUUAUAACAAUUGGAAUAACGAAAAGAGAUAACCAAAAGAAUGAUUAACUGUACAUACUAAAAUGAAAGCCGAUAAUUUAAGAGUAUUUAAAGUCGAGAAGUUCGACGUGACACAAAGAUAACUAUUUUAAUUUCUAUAAUAAAGUUGUACAUUGUUAAUUAAGCGAUCAAAAUGGAUUGUAUAAUAAAAAGAUUCCUCUUUAUAUA